GUAGUCGCUUAUCUUAGAUUAGCCUACAUAUAUACCUAUAUACACAUAGAUGUCAUGAUUAUUAUUUGGUUCAAUUUUCUGACAUGUUUCGGAUCUACCUAUUAUCUAUAUUCUCAUUAACAGGGGUGCUUGCUCAGUCAACCUGUCCCCACGGCUGGUUAAAGAAUGACAAUUCCUGCUACCUUUUUGUAACGCAUGUUGACAAUGACUGGACAGAAUCAGAGUAUUUCUGUCACAUGAUUGGAUCCAAACUGGUAGAGAUUGAGACAGAAAAGGAAAACAACUUUCUGAAAAACCACGCUCGAUCCGAACAUCAGCACGCAAAAUCCGGUUUUUGGAUCGGGGGCACGGACGCUGUGGUCGAGGGGGAGUGGAUAUGGAUCACAUCACAGGCCAAAUUUUCUUACGAUGACUGGGCGGACGAUUUCCCUGACGAUUACGAAGGUAACGAGGACUGUGCACACUUGUGGUCCGGUGUGAACUACUCUUGGAACGAUUCCCAUUGUGACGAGAGAAUGAACUUCAUCUGUGAAAAACCGUUGGAUGAAAUGCUCAUCAUCGGGAGAAAAUAGGUCCAUGGUCUACCCAUAGGUUAUCGUGAAGGUUCCAAGAUUUAUGCAUAUAUACAUGUACAUUUAUUGAUAAUAAAACCAACGUGUAUAAA